AUGUCAAAAAUAUUUACACCUACCAAUCAGAUUCGGUUAACAAAUGUUGCUGUUGUUCGUAUGAAAAAAGGAGGUAAACGGUUUGAAAUUGCUUGCUAUAGAAAUAAAGUUUUAUCUUGGAGGAAUAAAGUAGAAAAAGAUAUAGAUGAAGUUUUGCAAACGCAUACUAUUUUUACAAAUGUCUCUAAAGGGCAGGUAGCAAAAAAGGAAGAUUUAAUUAAAGCUUUUGGCAAAGAUGAUCAGACUGAAAUAUGUAAAGAAAUUUUAGCCAAAGGAGAACUUCAGGUUUCUGAUAAAGAACGCCAUAAUCAAUUUGAGUCACUAUUUAAAGAUAUCGCUACGACAAUCUCUGAAAAAUGUGUUAACCCUGAUACGAAAAGGCCUUAUCCAGUAUCUAUGAUAGAAAAAGCAAUGAAAGAAAUACAUUUUUCUAUAAAACCUAAUCGAAAUGCAAAACAACAAGCAUUGGAUGCUAUUCCACAAUUAAAAGAAGCAAUACCUUUAGAAAGAGCUCAAAUGAGAUUAAAAAUAGUAUCAGAUUGUAAAGAAAGUAAAAAACUUAAAGAAAAAGUAUUAAAAUUAACUAGUAAAAUUGAAGAAGAAGAAUGGAUAGAUAAUCAAUUAACAAUGAUUUGUCUCAUAGAUCCUGGAUAUUUUAGAGAAAUUGACGAAUUAGUAAGAACAGAAACUAAAGGAAAUGGUAAUUUAGAAUUGUUAAAUUUAAAAGAAGUUUUAGAAGGUGAUGAAGUACUCGAAUAA